AUGGCUACGGUGCUCUCGCAGAGCGCUGUGCCGCUCCUGCUGCUCGCCGCUGCUGCGCUGCUGCCGCUGCUCGCCGGCGCGGACGAGGCGUCCACCUGCCAGGCGGUGCUGAAGGAGUUUCACACGUUCAACGAGAAAGAGGCGGUGCCCUAUGGCGGCGACAACAUGGUGUACUUCCUGCAUGUGCCUAGGACCGCGGGCCGCACGUUCCACUCGUGCCUGCUGAAGCAGGGCACGCCCCCCAGCCAGCGCUGCCCAAAGUCCUACGACCACCUGAGAAUUGACGUGCACGUGCCGGCCUGCCGGCUGCUGUCCUCCCAUGACGACUUCUCUGUGGUGCAGCAGCUGCCGCCGGGCACAGCCGUCGUGACGCAGCUGCGGGAGCCGCUCGACCGGUUCCUCAGUGCGUACGAAUUCGCGAUCGAGGGGCUGCGGCGGGCGCAAGGGGCGCGUGCGCAACAGGGGCUGCGGGGGCGAGGGCCAGGGACGGGGGACGUAAGUGGCAGCGUCGCAGCGGUGGUGGCGGCGCGGCAGGUCAACAAGACGCGGAAGAAGCCCCCCAAGCCGGGCCGCACCCUGACGGAUGAGGUCUGGCCGUGGUCCCACCUGGUGCCCUUCUUCCUGCAAGACAUGAGGGCCAGGCUGGACGUGCUGUCGUCGAGGCCGCGAGACCCUGCGGGCCACUGGGUGGAGUACAGCACCAAGGAGGGGCGGCCCUACUACUACAACAAGAUGAGGAACGUGUCGCGGUGGGAGCUGACGGAAGCUGAGAAGCCUCGCCUGCUGCCGCCCCUCAACCCCUACGACAACGACCUCGUCAUGCCCCUGGCUGAGUUUGUGCACCACCCGAUAGCCAAGGAGCUGCUGCACAACGGGGAGGCCUUCCAGGUCCUCGGCCUCACCAACUACUCCCACUGGCCAAAGGCCGAGCAGCUGCGCCACUGCGCGCGCAGCAACCCAGCCGUCGCGGACGAGCUCAAGGCGUUCGCGCUGCAGCGGCUGCGCACCUUCAGCCACGUGGGCACCACAGACCAGCUGUUCCCCAGCGUGGAGUCAUGCGCCGCCUCGCUGGGCCUGCCGCUGGACGGCCACGCGUACCAGGGCGGGGGAGAGGUGCGCGGCCGCCGCGCCGCCGCGGGCGUGUGUGACCGACGCUUCCUGUGCGCACGCCAACACAUGAACAAUGUUAGAUUUGGCUUCUGA